UUCUUUGAUUCCCACACACGCCACCCCCCGCUUUUGGCUUCACGCUCUCAUCAUCUAAAUCCUUUUGUCUCUUACGCACGCCACGCUUCACUUCUUCAUCAUUGAGCAUAUGCUGUUCGAUGAAAUGAUUGAUCGUCUAACUUGCUAAGUAGAGAGUGAGAGGAGGCACCGCCGCAACCGCAUUCCAUGGCUCUCGAGAUCGUAGCGCCGCCGCCAUUCUACCUUUCGGUCUCCACCUGCGACCUCCACCCCGACCAGACCGUCACGGGCUUCUGCGCUUCCUGCCUUCGUGAGCGCCUCGCCAGCCUCGACGUUACCCCUGGCUGCCUCUCCACGUCCUCCGUCUCCGCCUUCAGGUCCGUCUUCCCCAGGGCCUCCGCGUCCAAUCCCCCCUCCUUCCUCCGCCCCGAACUCCGCCGCUGCAAAUCGUUCUCCUCCGCCCGUUGCGCCUCCGGCUUCGAGACCGAGCGGAAGUCCUGCGACGCCCGCGGCCGCUACACCCUCUGGUCCCUCUUCUGCGAGGACGAAUUGGAUCGCGGCCAUCAGCCCUUGGCUCCCUCGGCAUCUGCAUCGGUGGAGGGCGGAGGGACCGAGGCCCAGUUCCGGAACCUCUGGUUCGCCCCUUCUUCCUCUGGUGCGGCCCCUCCGCUCAAAACCUUCGGUGAGGAGGACGACGCGGAUGAGAUCAGGGCGGCGGAUCCCGUGAUCCAUGUGGGAUCGUCAUUGGAGAUGGACGGGGGGGAGCGGCUUGAGGAGACAGAGGUGAAGCCGAUGAAGGACCACAUAGACCACGAGUUUCAAGCGAAGAAGCCUCCUCACAAAGACCCCAAGAAUAUCGCCGACAGCUUCUGGCUCGCCGCCUCCGGAUUGAGCAAGAAGCUUCAGAAGUGGCGGAGGAAGCACAAGGACAAGAAGCAAGGCGGCAUAGCUGCCGCGGUAGCUACGCCGGCUGAGAAGCCGCCCAAAUCCUCCCAUCGGCUACGCAACACGCAGUCGGAGGCGGCCGUGGACGCGUUUAGCCGGAGAUCCUGUGACACCGACCCGAGGUUCUCCCUAGACACUGGUCGGAUGUCCUUAGACGACCCGAGAUUCUCGUUGGACGAGUCGAGGGCCUCGUGGGACGGCUACUUGACCGGAGGCCGAUCAGGGUUCGCUCGGCUGCCUCCCAUGUUUGCCGUCGUUGAAGACGCCACCGCCGCUGCGAUCCUCCGACCGGAUAGCCUGAUCCCCGUGGAGGAGGAUGCUGUCGCCCCUGGCGGGUCUGCACAAACUCGGGACUACUAUUUGGACUCCUCAUCCAGCCGUCGCCGGCGAAGCCUUGACCGGUCCAAUUCCAACUCCAUCCGAGAGCAGCCUUUUGAGGUGAAGCCUGUUUCCAUUGCGCGAGUCUCCCCUGCUGGUAGCGCCGAGUUUUACCAUUUCCACCAUGCCAAUGUACUUGAAGACCGGGAAUUAAGAGAUUUGAGCUCAAAGUCUCUCAGGAAUGAGUGUUUUGGGAGAUUAGAUGCACCUUCUGGAGACCUUCAUGAGGGUUCUGCCACAAAGAAGCCCAGGAAAUGGAGCAAAGCAUGGAACAUUUGGGGGCUUAUACAGCGAAGAAGAAGCAGCACCAGAGGUAGGGCAGACAUGGUGGAGAGAUCCUUAUCUGAGUCCUGGCCGACACUAAGGUCUCAUCCGGGUUAUAAUGGCAGAAUUUUACAGAGCAACAGCAGUGUAGGCUUCAGGAGAUCUUUUAGUGGUAGUUUUGGCUAUGGGGGUGUGAGCCGGAGCAGUCUGGAGAGUAACAGGCACAGUAACAAAAGGAGGGAGGAGCUUGUGCUGGAGAGGAAUCGAAGUGCUAGGUACUCUCCGAACUGUGUUGACAAUGGUAUGCUGCGGUUUUACUUGACACCAGUGCGGAACAGCCGGAAGCAUGGAGGGUCAGGGAAGGGUAGGGUUAUUAAUUCACACUAUUUUAUAAGGAACAUGCUAGGAUUGUAUUGAGCUAGUAAUUUGCUCCACAAGGGACUCCACUUUCUUAGUUCAGAUCAUAAAACUUGAUCUGUCAGGGGCCCUUCCAUCGGAAAAGAAAAUGAGGAAUAGCAGGUCAAGUUUCAGGAACAAUAGAAAUUUGUGACAUAUAGAGAUUGGUUUGUAGUAUUGUACCAAAUUAUUCUAUUUUUGGAUUUAUUACAUUAGGUCAAAUGGAUAUACUUCUUCAAUUAAAUGAUGUACCAAUGGGUAACCUAUUCGAGCAAAAUGUUCAAAUAACUUUUUCUUUUCAUUUAUGACAUUAGUUUUCUGAUUGAAGGUUAAAAAUAAAUGAACUCUCAUAUUCUCUCUCAAGCUUAAGGCAUAAGUUUAAUUUAUUGUCUUGCACUUAAUCAGAGAAUAACUUCGUAUACACACUUGAAAGCAAACUUGAUUAUUGUACACCCCAUUUUCUUGUCCAGCUAUUCAUUUCAAGCUAAAAAUUUUAGGUAUUGAUGUUUUUUUUCCUGCAAAUUAACUUACUAAUUUAUGCUUUCAGGUGAGAUCACAAAACUUCAGUCCAGUUAUGCUUAGGUCUUCAGGUUGUGUUAUCUACCAUGACUAAACACAUAAAGAUUAUAUGAAAAACCUACAUAUAUCAUGGUUGUCUGCAUCUUCUAUUCAGCAAUUUGUGUUCCAGUCAUGGUUACUCAUCCAAAUGUUGGACUGGAUAUAUAAAGUCAGAAUGUGAAAUGGUUUGGAUGCCUGAUACUGCUGAUUUUAGUAGAAUGGAUUACCUUUGAAGAUUCUCGAGGUCUCAGAAUAAUGGAGCAUCAAUCCUCUAUGUUGGCAUUUAUGUCACGGGACAUAUCUUUACCAGUUCAUCCGAAGCAAAUAACCUUCUGUUGUCAGAUGUCAGAAAUCUGCCUAAUUUUUCAUCUUAAAGAUGAUGUCAUCUGGAAGAGAAUCUGUUGUUGGCAUUGAGAGGAACAAUCUUGUUCUUCCAUUGUUUGCUUGCCAUCUCUGCAAAAUUGUAAAGACUUCCAUCCGAAGUGUCUGAUCUAGCUUGUGCUUAAGAAAUGCAUGUCAUCUUGGCGACCGAUAUUGACAAGAAGCUGCUUUGGAACAUGCUAAAAGGCAAUGGUCAAAGAUCAACCGUGAUUCACGGUAAUGCACUCAUUGUCUAUUCGGAUUGGACGCAGGAGUUGAGGAUUUUCUCCUUGCAUCCGGCUGAAAAUGUUUCCAUUUUAAUUUGUACUGGGGUUGAGUCCCAUCAAGAAAAACCAGAUCUGAGAGGUUGGAGUUAAAGAUGCAAUCUGAGAUGUCACUGCUUACUUUCUUUGUCUAAAUCUGUUAUGAAAUGUUGCACCAAAACAUGAAAGCUGUUGGGCUUUGUUCUGGAUGUAAAAUCUAAUUGUUGUGUCAACUACAUAGUGAUAGAUAGGAAUUGUACUUGUAUGUGUUGUGGAAAGUAAUCUUGUUUUCUUGGGUUGAAUAAACAGGACAUGAUCAAUAAACUUUGCUCUUAACUCA